CAUGCGAUUGGCUUAUAUCACACCCAUUCACGCCUGGACAGGAAUAAAUAUAUAUCUAUUAACGCGGAUAAUAUUGAUUCCAGCAAUGUGAAGAAUUUUCAGCCAGAGCUAACUGCAGUUACCUACAAUUUGGAAUACGACUAUAAUUCGGUCUUUCAUUAUGGAACCCAUGACUACAGCUCGGAUGGCACUGCUGUUAUUACGCCUAUUGCAAAUGGAGCAAGCAUAGGAAGUGCAACAGAUUACUCAUAUUUAGAUUAUGUAGCCAUUAACCUCUAUUACGAAUGCUAUGGUAAAAUAAUAGCUAAAUGUUGA